GACGCACCCGAGGACGACUUCGAGGACGACCCAUGGACGACCGUCGUCCCUUACAUGAACCGGCAUCUCGACGAAUGGAACGAAAAUGACUGGAAGGCAAUGGAGCGUUCCUGCCCAUGGGCAAGCCAUUACAAGUUUGCCAACAUGUUGAAGUUCGGGAGCCUCAUUGCACUGCCUGCUGGUGUCCUCCAUCGAAAGACCCUGAACGAUAAGUGUAAACCGGUCCGCUUCCGUACGAGCUUCAGACGUCGCCUCCACUGCGAGUAUAUCACAUCUUCGCCACAAACUUGGGGAACUUCGCAGAAGCAAGAGUUGGUGGACUGCGGUCGUCAUUGCUCAUUCUUGGAACACUACCCACCCCGUUGCCCAGUGACUUCUCCACGAGCUCUGUCGUACUGUUGUGUGUGCUUGACGGAUGACGGAUGUCCUUUCGCCAGAGUGCUUUGUGUGGCUUCUUCAAGCAAAAUCGGGAAACUUGUGGAUGCAGUUGUGCUUGUGUCACGCAAUGAGAUGGUGCUUCAGGGAUCCAGGUUCAAGGCGGUCAUGUCUCGCCCAGAUGUAGAUGGGCGAUCAGACUUGUGCGCAGACUUUCCUCUUCUGACGUACUUCGAAAACAUGGAUGAGAUUUUGGGCUACAUUGAAAUAAAAGUACCUGAACGACUGACGAUCAUCACAAAGGGAGGAACGAUUCCUUUUCAAUAUGAGAGAAUCUUCAGGAUCGUAGCGGGAGGACGGACAAUGUUUGUCAUCAUGGUGAGGUUUACUGAUCUCAACAUUUUGGACAUGCGAAUAUAUGAGCGUCGGGGGAAAAAUUGGAUGCGAGGAGAUUUUACAAGAGCUUAUGUAAAAGCUUCAGAAGUUCUUUUCGCCUUGAGACGUGCUCUGCUCGGAGCAGGGGGUGACAUUCAGGGUUUCUCGUUUUCCAUUACGGAGUUUGAAGGAUACUGUUACGACAACCAAACACAAGAGCGUCAAGGGGGAAACAGGAUGCUAGGGGAUUUUACAGCACCUUAUCUGCAAGCUGCAGAUGUUCUUGUGACCUUGAGACGUGCUGUUGUCAUGGCUGGGGGAGACGUUCUAGGUUUCUCGAUUUCCAUUACGGGUUUCGAAGGUGCUGACGUGGCACCCAGACUUACUGUAUGUAGCAUUGCACCCGUUGAGCCUGAGAGCCAGGUCACGUUCUCCACGUCUUGUCUGGGAGGAGUGGCCAAGGAAUGGGUGCUGGCCGUCGUGGCCGAAGCCAAUGCUGUUGGGUUUGAGGAUAUCGAUGAUUGGGUUAAGACCCUUGACCUCAAGCAGUUUCUCCAAAGGAUCAAGGAGAGAUUUCUUGAUAAGACGACGACCGAUAAGGCCUUCGACGAACUCACCACCAAUGGCCAGAAACGUUGGACUUCGGUUGAUGCUUUGUCGCGUGAGGUUGAUCGUCUUUUGCAGGUACCUGGACUGAACCUUCCGGAUAACCGGGUUCUCGAUAUCUACUCACGUGCACUGCCCGAGCCCAUCCGUGGACUGCUUGUGGCCGAAGAACCAUCGUAUCUGACAGAGAUGUUCGGUUCACCAGUCUACAAUGGCAGAAGUUGAUGGAAGUCUAUUGGACCAGGUUAACCAUGUCGUCAGGCCGACAUCCUGAAACAAAUGGCCAAACUGAGC